UGUUUGUGUUUGACGUUUAGGCGUCGCGAUAGUUUACCGAUUGUAUUUCGCUAUUAAUAUUUUAACCAAUAACUAACUCAAGAAACAACUCUAAAAUACCCUAAUCCUAUCCAAGUUACUCAAUUUUCAUAUAAUUUUUUUUAUUUUCAUCAACUUUAUAAAUAUAACCUAAAAAUGUCUGACGAUGAGGAUGUGGUAUUGGUAAAAAAGAGCAAGCAAGUCCACUAUGGAUCCUUGGAGGAACAGGAGAAGGCUCGGCUGGCGGCACUGGCGGCUGCAGCCAGAGAAGGAACGGAGGAUAAUGGCGGGAAAGAACUUGGAGACAUACAAAUUUCAAAUGAAUACAUGGAGCUUGAAGAAGAGAUGUCUCGUGACAAAAAAGCACUGCUCGAAGAAUUCGAGCGGAGACGCAAAGCUCGGCAGCUGAAUGUGUCUACUGACGAUGAUGAGGUACGCAGAAGUCUUCGUCAGCUCGGUGAGCCGGUGUGCCUCUUCGGUGAGGGUCCGGCAGAGAGGAGAGUUCGCUUGAGGGACUUGCUUAGUUACCUCGGCGAAGAUGCAAUCCACAAGAAAAUGGAAGAGGAGGAGGCCCGUAUAGAGAGGGACAGAGGUCGCGAGGGCACGUGGUACCACGAAGGACCUCCGGAGUUGAGGGACGCGAGGCUGUGGAUCGCUCGGUAUAGCUUGCCGAGGGCCAAACAGAGGCUUACUAAAGCCCGUGAGGACCUGCAACUGGCCGGAAGCGUGAGGGCAGCAGCGAAACAGGACUCCCAGAGAAAGGCCUCCGCCAUCUCCAUAUAUUGCAGCCAGAUAGGCGACACUCGGCCAAUCAGCUUUUGCAGAUUCAGUAGUGACAGCCAAAUGCUGAUAACUUCAAGUUGGUCAGGACUCAGCAAAGUCUGGUCAGUACCGGACUGCACGCCGCUGCAAGUCCUCAAAGGCCACUCUUGCAACGUCAGCAGCGCUGUGUUUCACCCGCAGGCCGCGCUGCCUAACCACUUUAGAGAUAAGGUACGUAUAAAGAACACCAAAGAAGGCACAUCAGAUACGCCUGAAGCGAUGGAAGCCGACGAAAAGUCUGCCGCGUGCACCAUGGCGUCCUGCGCCUAUGACGGGACCGUGUAUCUGUGGAACUUCAGCAGCGAAGCCCCGAUGGCGUCUCUAGACGGGCACGGCCCAUCCCGCGUGUCCCGCGCGGAAUUUCACCCUUCGGGACGAUUCCUGGCCACUACAGUUUUUGACCACUCCUGGCGGCUAUGGGAUUUGGAGACCGCAACUGAAGUUUUGCAUCAAGAGGGACACGCAAAACCUGUGUACAGUGUCGCCUUCCAAAUUGACGGCUCCCUCGCUGUGACUGGUGGCAUGGACGCGUUCGGUCGCGUCUGGGAUCUCCGCACGGGGCGCUGCGUGAUGUUCCUGGAGGGGCACCUGGGGCCCGUGCUGGGCGCCGACUGGGCCCCCGCCGGCCACCAGCUCGCCACCGCCGCCGCCGACCACCAGACUAAAAUCUGGGACCUCAGACGGAGAGCGAUACUGUACACCAUACCAGCGCACACGCAUCUAGUCAGCGAUGUAAGGUACCAACGCAGCCACGGUCAUUUCUUACUGACGUCAUCGUACGACAAGUCGGCGAAGCUCUGGUCCAACCCAGCCUGGCAUCCGCUCAGGACCUUAUCAGGACACGAUAAUAAGGUGAUGAGCGCUGACAUAUCAUACGACAACAAAUACAUAGCCACAUGUUCUUUCGAUAGGACGUUCAAGCUAUGGGCUCCGGACUUAUCUUAGAACCAAUAAACAUCUAAAUACAUUCACUGUGUGUAAUACAACUCGGUUAACUGCGCAUCUGGCAGCCGUGACGUCACAUCGCCGCUCUGUGGCCUAAUUCACGUAUUUUGACACUCAAGUUCUCGCCGACGUUCAGAAGUCGUCCCAUUGAAAAACAGUUCUAAAUCCGUAUUCACAAGGGUCAUUUCGAUAGAACGAUUACUCGAUAGGAUCGCAACUCAGUGUUUUGUUGUCGUUGAAGUUUUGUUACGUGAAUAAAGCUACAGGUUGCAUUUGCCUUUUAUUCAUACCAAUGUUAAUGUAUUAAGAAAUUGUAAAUGUAUUGACAGGUUAGUUUGUAAGUUUCUUAAUAAAAAUGUAAAAUAAGA